AUGUACGCCCAACAAGUUCUUGUUACUUUCCUGAUGGCCACCAGCGCCACUCUCGCUAGCGCAAGAAGCAUCGAAAGACGCCAAUUGCUUGGAAACCUCGGCAGCCUCUCCUGCAACGUCGCAAGACUCCAGAUCUUAGGCGCCCUUGGCAAUACCGAAGACGCUGUCUCCCAAAUCACCGAUACAACAGUCCAGGACGCUGCCAAUGCUGGUCUCCAACAAGCACGAGGCGGCAUCGCACAAAUUGCAAAGUCCAUCGUCAGUGGCGCUGCACCGCCCGCGGCUAGCCGUGAUGAGGUAGCAGCUGGACUGGCUGCAGCGGGUACCGCUCUUUCUGGGGGUGAUGCGAGCGACCAAGCCGUAGCUGAUGCGCAAGCGGGACUUGAUAAGUCUGUAAAGGCUGGUCAAGAUGUCGUUGCGAACUGCUAA